CCUACCACCUUUCACCUAUCCUUCACCUGGCUUAAUAAAGAAUACUAACACUAUAGAAGAAUUCAAAAACCUUGAUAAAACAACAUUGUUCAAAGAAGCUGCUAAACAAAUUUGGCAAGAUAUCAUUUCUGGUGCUGCUAUCAAAGAUCCUUACCUUCUUACACGGUUUAUCCUUGUCACCUUUGCAGAUUUGAAAAAAUAUAAAUAUCAUUAUUGGUUCGGAUUCCCUGCAUUACUUACUGAACCACCAUGGGUCAUUGUAAAUAAUGUCGUUAAAGGCAUAGAUGAAAUAUGGGAUAAUACAGAGAUUAAUACUUUGAAAGAAAAUUAUGAUAAAUUUAGACAAGUACAAUCUGGUUCAUGUACAGGAUUUUUCCUUGUUAAAAUACUUAGUAAUAAAGAAAUAAUUAUCGGUAGUUUGUUUGAAUGGGUCACGUUUUUUGAUGGAUGCGAUGAUGAUGAGAAAAUGAUAGGUUUUACUGAUCCAUCAAGUUUACCUACCAAUCCUGGAUGGCCUCUUCGAAACCUUUUAGUAUUGUUGAAUAUUCACUGGAACGUGCACAAAAUCAAGGUGAUAUGUUAUAGAGAAAUCCCUAGUAAAAAAGAUAUUUCAAACAGUCGCAUUUUGACUGUGGAGAUCCCUGAUACUACGAUAAUUCCUGACGAAUGUCCAAAAGCCGUGGGAUGGGAGAAAAAUUUGUCGGGUAAACUUGGUCCCCGUACUGUUGAUCUUGCACAUAUGAUGGAUCCAAUAAAGCUCGCUGAAACUUCUGUUGAUUUAAAUCUAAAAUUAAUGAGAUGGCGUAUUAUUCCAGAUCUACAGUUAGAAAAAAUUAGGGAUACAAAAUGCCUGCUACUUGGCGCCGGAACACUCGGUUGUAAUGUUGCAAAGUGUUUGUUGGGAUGGGGUGUCCGACAUAUAACUUUUGUCGAUAACGCACGUGUCUCAUUUUCUAAUCCUGUCAGACAAUCUUUAUUCUUUUUUGAGGAUUGUUUAGAAGGUGGGAAACCAAAGGCACGUGCUGCUGCUGAAAAUUUGAAGAAAGUACAUCCUAGUGUUGUAAGUGAGGGUCACGAAAUUAGCAUUCCGAUGCCAGGCCAUCCUAUCACUUUAGAGUCUCAAGUUAAAGCUGAUGUUGAAAAGAUUACGCAGCUAAUUGAAUCACAUGAUGUCAUAUUUUUAUUAAUGGAUAGCAGGGAAAGUCGAUGGCUACCAACCUUAUUAGGUGCAAGUAUGCGUAAGCUUGUUAUAAAUGCCGCUUUAGGGUUUGACACAUAUGUGGUUAUGCGGCAUGGUGUAAAGGAUGAUUCUGAGUGUCAAACAACAGAUUCUUCUGAUAAGAUAAUGCCAUCAGUGAAACAAUUGGGUUGCUAUUUUUGUAACGAUGUUGUAGCUCCAACAGAUUCUCUCAAGGAUCGUACUCUUGAUCAACAAUGUACAGUAACUCGACCUGGUUUAUCAGCCAUUGCUUCUGCAUAUGCCGUCGAAUUGAUGGUUUCCGUCUUACAUCAUGAAAAAGGACCGGCAGCGCCUGCUGAUAUUAACGCAGAGCCCACCUCUUCCUCUGAAUUUACUGCAUCAUCACCUUUGGGAAUUAUACCGCAUCAAAUGCGAGGAUUUUUAACCCAUUUCAAUAAUAUGGUUAUUGUAGGACAAGCUUAUGAACGUUGCACGGCUUGUUCAGAAAUAGUGUUGAAUGAAUACAGAACAAAGGGCUUUGAAUUUUUGAAGCAUGCUUUUGAUUCACCCGCUUUUUUGGAAGAAGUAACUGGGUUAACAAAAUUACAUCAAGAAAGCGAAGUCGCUGGCGAUUUUGAUUGGGAUGAAGAUGAUACUGAAUUAUAA